AUGCCAGUAACCGUAGGAUUUGGGAGAGACAUUAUCACUGGAAAAUACAAAUUGAUCUUGAUCUAUCGCUUCGACAAUUCAUGGCGUAGUAUUAUUACCAAGUCUGAGGUCUUAACCCUUGACAACAACGAGCGGAGAUGCACUGCAAAUUCUUUCCCUCUUCAUUUCGAAAAAUUUUCCAGUACCCAAACAUCUGUUUUUGCAAAAGGAUCACUUUUCUGGUUGAUAAGGCCGUUUGAUUUGCAUUUUCAUUCACAACGUCCCAAAAAUCUAGUAGCCAUCGAUCUUCACACAGAAAAAUUUCAUGAUGUUCCGUUUCCAAGUUUGGAAAUCAAUUACUACCGUGGUGCGUAUUUGUGGAGUAUGAAAGACCGUUUGUGUCUAUCCAACGUGGUGCUAUUUUCAGAUGUAGAAACAUGGUGUCUUAAGGGGGAAAUUCCGAGUGCGAGAUGGGGGAAGAUUUCUUCUAUCAAUAUUUCGCACGUUGAUCGGCUAAAUACAAAGUUUUGGACGCUUGGUCUUGCAGCUGCCGACAUGAGACCUGAAGGACAAAAACCUCCUCUGGGUGAUCUUGAUCAAGUUCCUUUAGAUCAAUGGAAAGUCGCAUUGUAUGCAUGA